ACGCUAAUAAGUCUUAUUAUUUGUUCUCCAGUUAGAAAUAUUUACGUCGUAUAAAAUACAUAUUUGAUUCUUUAUUUAAGGAUAAAUCGUCUCGAUGCGCUAGAAGCACUGUGCCGCUUCUUCUCCUGCUAUCUUUGCUUGUUAGUUAGCUUAGCUCGCUAGUUAGCUUAGCUUGUUAGCUGCUAACAGAAGACACAGAAGUUAUCAACACAUCGCUAAGUAGAGAUCAAGUGUGAGAGUAAAGUGUUGUGAUUGUGGGAAAAUGUGCGAAAGAACGAUAGAGGACAAGGCAUAACUUUGUCCAACAAAAGAGGAGAAGGAGGGACAACAUCAACUCCUGGACGCUGUUUUCAAGAAACAUCAAGUUGUGUUACACAGAACAGACGUCUGUGAAGAUCAUCUUCUCUCUGAGCAACAGGAGUGGAGCUUCAGGAUGGUGAAGGAGGAGUCACAGCCCUCUUACUUUAAAGAGGAAGACAAGGACCCACUCCCCCCCCACUUUAAAGAUGAAGAGGAAGUGCCAGAGACCCCACACUUUAUAAAGAAAGUGAAGGAUCCACUGACCCCCAACUGUAAACAAAACAAGGAUGAACCACUGACCCCCCACUUUAAAGAGGAGGAGGAGGCGCCACAGACCUCGCACAUUAAAGAAGAGGAGGUGGAAUACAACAUCAGUCUGGGGGGAGAGCAUAUUGAAGGACUGGUGGAGUUCCCAGUGACUGGUGUCCCUGUGAAGAGUGAAGAUGAUGAGGUCAAAGGUGAAAGUGAGGAGAAGAGAGAGGCGGAGCCUCCAAGCAGCAGCUCAACACAACACAUGACAACAGAAGCUGAUGGAGACCACUGUGGAGGAUCACAAGCAGACAAGCUCUUAGCUCCACUAUCAGAUAGUGAGGACACAACGUCACACUCUCCUGACACUGAUGAUGAAGACUCUAAAGAUGAUAAGACAUGUCACACUGACAACACUCACUUGAAAUGUUCUCACUGUGACAAAACCUUUAAAUACCAUAGUGAUCUGAAAACACAUAUGAGAAUACACACUGGAGAAAACCCCUUUACCUGCUCAGUAUGUGGUAAAAGUUGUGGACUAAGUCAGAAUUUGAAAGUACACAUGAGAAUACACACCGGAGAAAAACCUUAUGUCUGUUCAAUCUGUAGUAAAAGUUUUGUACAAAGAAACCAUUUGGAAGUACACAAGAGAACACACACUGGUGAAAAACAUUUUUCCUGUUCAAUCUGUGGUAAAGGUUUUAGAGAAAGUCACAAUUUGAAAAGACACAUGAGAACACACACUGGUGAAAAAUCACAUUCCUGUUCAAUCUGCAACAGAAGCUUUUGUCAACGACCAAACCUUGUAGCACACAUGAGAAGACACACAGGAGAGAAAGUGUUGAGUUGCAGUGUGUGUGGUGAAAGAUUCUCAUAUAAGUACCAGUGUAAGAAACACAAGUGUGCUGGUGAGAACAGCAGCAGCAAAUGAAACUGCAGGAUUAGAAAUAAACUGUCAAGACUUUAAUUUUGACUUUCUAACUACAUCAGCACAUAUAACAUGUGUGACAUUGUUGUUUGUGUAAUAAUCUUCUUAAUAUGCUUCUACAUUUAUAAAUUAGAUAUUUUAUAUUAGUGCUUUUUUCAGUCAAGUACAUGCAUUAAAAUGCAACAUUGUGUACUUUUAUUAAAACAUUUACAGAACAAUUUGACUGAAAAGGUGAGAGUAAACAGUACAAGACAUAUUUUACACACUAAACAUUUUAUGUGUAUAUAUAUUCAUAAUACAAUUUUAGACUUAUUCAUAAAAGUGUUUUAUAUAGGUGUUUGGAAUAUUGAAGUGUUACGGAUUUCUAUUUCUAAUUGUUAAUGAUCCCAUAGAUUAGCACCUUUAUAUGAUAUACAUAUGUACUGGUUCACAUCUGAAACACCUUCUGGACCACUUCAGGAAGCAUAUUAUUAUUUACUUUAUACAUCAUGUGAACAGUUGUCUUUUAUACAAUUUUAAAAUGUGUGACUUUAUGAAUCAUUUGUUGGGUCUCUAUAAUAAAUUUUAUUAAUUAUCUUUAUUUCUUUUGUAAUAUGAUGAUUGUGUUGUGAUUGUAAUUAUCU